UCUUAGACAUACCACACAGGAUGAUUGUCGGCAGUCCGCUGUACUACAACUUCAGCCCGCCCAAUUUCCAACACCUCAACCUCUUCGAAACGCCUAGCAUGGCAGAUGACCUGAUGAUUCCGCAAUCGCCGAACAGUGUACAAAGCGACAGCGAGAAUUCUAUAUCGAGCGUCGAGAUAAACCAGUUCGAAACCCGCAGGAAGAACGAGGUCCAAUGUUGCUGGAGAUCUUGCGGCAUCAAAUUCGAUAGUCUGGAUCAACUCGCCACGCACGUCAGCAAUGUACACGCUGCGAGCGGCCCAGGAGGGCUCUUCUACUGCGGAUGGGAAGGUUGCACCAGGAACAACAGAGGUUUCAAUGCGAGAUAUAAGAUGUUGGUCCAUGUUAGAACGCACACAAACGAGAAACCGCACCAGUGCUUCCAAUGCGAAAAGUCUUUCUCUCGAGCGGAGAACUUGAAGAUCCACACUCGAUCGCACAGCGGCGAAAAGCCCUACGUAUGUCCAGUCGUCGGAUGCAAUAAGGCCUAUUCGAAUUCCAGCGAUCGCUUCAAGCAUACGCGCACCCAUCAGGUGGACAAACCAUACCAGUGCAAGGUACCCGGUUGUCCGAAGCGCUACACGGAUCCCAGCAGCCUCCGGAAACACGUGAAGACCUACAAACACUUCGUAGGUGAAACCAAGACGAUCAAACAAACGGAAACCAAAAAGAACUGCGACUGCUCGCACAACUGUUACAUCUCGAACUGUUUGUCGCGAGCCGCCGAGCUUAUAAACUUGGGCGCAUUCAUGAACAACUUCCAAGAAUCCGGUGAAAUGCAAUGGAACAAAAUCAAAAUCUUCACGCCGUACGAUCUGCAAACAAACAUCGACGGCCCAUUAGAUCUCAGCAUAAAACAUUAAUUUCAUUUCACAAACAGAAAACAAUCAAUCAUAAUCAUCCCCAAACCCACUUCAAAUCCUCUCACAUCCUCCACCCCUCAUCCAGUAUUAUAACUUAUUUUCAUCAUAUUUUGCGUGUGUUUUUUUAGUGUUAUUAUGCAGGAAAGAGAUUAUAAUCAAAAAAAAAGAAAGAGACGAAGAAGAGAAGCAAUCUAAUUGUGAUAUGUAGAGAGUACUUUGUAUAUAUAGGAUCUAUUUAUAAUUAAUAUGUAAAUAAGGAAAAUUAUUAAAAACAAAAAGAAUGAAUGAUGCAACUUGUGUUUGCCGUUAUGAAAAGCACGAAAUUCGCGUUACGCAACAGUUAUCACGAAACUAUGCGAGAAUAGUUUAUAUUUACUUAAUCAUUAGAUUAAAUAAAAACAAACACUUGAAUUGAAGCUACAUUGGUUGCAUAUUCUUAGUAAUGUUGUUCAAUACUUACAUUAAAUUA